UGUGUGCGCAUGCUUGCAUUUUUCUGUAUUGGGCGCCUCUACUUUUAAUACUUUUAAAUACAUUCUUCUAAUGAAACCUAAUUUUACCUAGCCCUUUAACACCUUUAUUGACAUCAGUUUUCUUGUGCUGCAUGUGGAUGUCUGUUUAAUCAUAAUGUCCAAAUUACUCAUCAUUGCUUUUAAAAAAUUUCAUUUUGUAAAUACUUUGUGAAAGCAGCAAUAGUCAAUUCAGUAAUAUCGUUGCAAUGUCACUACCAAGGUAAUUGGUCAAACAUAUCUGGAUAUUGGAUUUUCUCAAUUUUUUCCUUGCACUAAUAUCCAGUAUUCAUUAAUCUGUCAAUAAUUUCUUCGAAUGAUUGUUUUAAUUAUAUGAAAACGCCACAACAUACCAAAAAAAAAUCUGUAGUUAAACUUUGUCGGCCUCAGGGGAUUUCAGUCUCGUCCUUGUUGCUGCAGUUUCUGUGGGUGAACUUGUCCUACUUGUUUGUGUCACUCUGUCUCUGUCCUCUCAGACAGGACGUCCCGGCUGCCUUGUCAGGCCGUGGUCAGGGCCAUGUCGUCUUCAAGUGGCGCCGCCUCGCCGUACACCAGCCUGGCCAUCAGUCAGCCAGCAGAGUCCGUCACACAUGUAGAGCUGAACCGCCCGGAGAAACGCAACGCCAUGAACAGAGCUUUCUGGAGUGAGAUGGUGGAUUGCUUUAAUGGGAUAGCAGAGGACCCAGACUGCAGAGUGGUGGUGGUCUCUGGAGCCGGGAAGAUCUUCACAGCUGGUAUCGACCUGAUGGACAUGGCCAGCGACGUGCUCCAACCAGAGGGCGACGACGUAGCCAGAAAUUCCUGGAACAUGAGAAAAAUAAUCACCAAGUAUCAAGAGACAUUCUCCAUCAUAGAGAAGUGUCCAAAGCCUGUUGUUGUGGCCGUCCACGGAGCCUGUGUUGGGGGAGGUAGGACUUCAUCAUCACACUAUUAUCAUGCAGCCAUAAAUUCAGAUUUUUAAGACCAGGGGCCCGAAUCACAAA